UUUCAUUAUUCUCAGUUCGUUUACAUCGGAAUAAUGAUUGCCUAUCUGAUACUAUUUUAUUGUUGUGCCCCAUUAUUUGCCGAAAUGCAUAACUUUGCCACAUCCAAUCGGAAUCUAGUGGAUCUACUGCAUAUGGAAAAUAGUUUGAUGAGCCACAUGAAUAACUAUGCAAUGGGAUUGCAGCGUAAAGUGGAUAUGAUAAAUUUAGUGCUAGCCGAGGCUGAAAAUAGGGAGCAACAGGCGAAUGGAGAUCCUGAAAGAUUCCUUGCCAAUCCUGUGACCAGUCUAUCCCUGUUUCGCCGCAUGUAUGAGGAUGUGCCAAAAUUGAUUGAUUUUCUCAAAACGGAAAUGGAAACAGAUUCCUUUAAAGCAAUUUUGAAUUACAAUUUGAGUGUAGUCAAUGAAGAGGAAUUUAAGGAAGCUGCCGCUGACGUUCUUCCCUUGUUGAUUGCUAAUGAUCUGAAUGACGAAGACGUGGCCAGUGGAUUGCUUAAUCACAUGCAGUACGGGGCACACUUAAACUCCUUAGACUGUUUGGCCCUGGGCAAUUAUUUGUGGCAUCACUUGGAUCAGGGUCAUCUAGCCAUUAAGUGGUUAAGGCUUGCCUUAGAGCGUUAUGAUGAAAAUUUAAAGCCACUUGAUGGUUUGCUGCAUUCUGGACGUAUUCACAUACUACAAAAGAUUAUAAAAGUUCAACUUGCUAUACGUCAGAUCAGUCAGAUCGAGUAAAUAUACAUACAUAUGUACAUAUAAGCAUACAAAACUGUAAUAUAUGUAUGUAUAUAUCCCUAAAUUAUGGCUGAUACUGUUCUAUUUAUACGAAUAGUUAUGGAUUUUUCAAAUUCAAAUUGCUUCUCUAUGUCUUGAUGAUGUUACUGAAAGAAAGAAGUAAGUACAUAGUUAUUCAGAAGAGUAUAAAAUCGGCAUGGGAUCUUUAAGGUAAGUAGCUCGAAAACGGAUCCAGGAUUCUUAAGAAUUGCCAAUUUAAAGGCAAUAAUUCUAUCGAGAAGCAUCUUAAAUCCACAGGACAUUAUAAAAGUUUUUAAAUUGUAUUAAAAAGCAAAUGUUUUGAGUGUUUAUUGCCUAUUAAAAGGUGCAAUUUUUCCAAUUAA